CGCGCAAUCAAGGCUAUAAUUUUCUGGGGCCCUAGCGACCUCUUCUUCAUGUUCUUCAUCCCUUUCCUGGUAAAACCCUAAAAUACGUUCGGGCCGACGAUGUCAUCGGAAGUUGGGAAUAAGAUUACGCUGAAGAGCUCGGAUGGCGAGGAGUUCGUGGUAGAGGAGGCUGUGGCCAAGGAAUCGCAGACGAUUCUGCACAUGAUCGAGGACGGAUGCGCAGACAGCGGCAUCCCUCUCCCCAAUGUCAACAGUAAAAUCCUAGCCAAAGUCAUCGAAUAUUGCAAGAAGCAUGUCGAUCAUGCUGCGAAAGCUUCCUCUGCCGUCGUUGUCGGGGAUAAGUCAGUCGAGGAAGAGCUCAAGAAUUGGGAUUCUGAAUUUGUGAAGGUUGACCAGGCUACACUCUUCGACAUCAUCCUGGCUGCAAACUAUCUAAACAUCAAGGGCCUUCUUGACCUGACUUGCCAGACAGUUGCUGACAUGAUAAAGGGCAAGACACCUGAAGAGAUCCGGAAGACCUUCAACAUCAAGAACGACUUCACUCCUGAGGAAGAGGAAGAGGUGCGGAGAGAGAACCAGUGGGCGUUUGAGUGAGUGAUGUGAAUCAUUCGCUCUUCUUGUGCCUCUUUUACUCCGUUAACGAUGAUGAUGAUGCAUUCUAAUGGUUUGAAGAACACUGUAAACUUAUGUCAAAGUUCUACCACAUUCCUAUGUAAAUAUGUCUGUUUUAUCACUUAUAACUGGAUAUUGAGGACCAGAUGUCAAGUCCUAAACUUGUUUUAAAUUUUGAUGUUAUUUUCAUUUAGAACCAUUUCUUCGUGCUA